UCUGACCGAGUGAUGUCGAGUAGCAAGAAUGCCAAAUUACUAAACCCGCGAGUGCCAAAAUGUGCGCGUUGCCGGAAUCACGGGGUCAUUUCGGGUUUGCGAGGUCACAAGAAACAAUGCACCUACCGAAGUUGUCGAUGUGCCAAGUGUGAAUUAAUUCACGAAAGACAGAGGAUAAUGGCAGCUCAGGUUGCCCUGAAGCGUCAGCAGGCAGUUGAGGAUGCCAUCGCUCUGCGCCUGGCAUCAAAUGAAUCUGGCACAUCACUCGACAGUUUACCACCGGGAAAGAUAUUUGGGAUGAAUGUAACAGAACCAAGAAUGACUCCACUAACAAAAGAUGCAGUAGCAUCUACCAAAGUUGAAGAAUCUCCAGCAAAAUCCAAUACAUCUCCUAUUCCAAAUCCGGUUAGCGGAUCGGUAUCUCAAACGGCUAUUGAUAUGUUAGCCCAACUAUUUCCACACCGCAAAAGAUCAGUACUGGAGCUAGUCCUUAAGAGAUGUGACCUUGAUCUCCUGAAAGCAAUUGAGCAAUGUGGAUCAUCUGUUCCUAGUGCAUUUAAGCCCCCAACAACAACACCGAAUCAGGUAAAACACCAGCAAACUCCACCACCAACACUUCCACCUCAGCCACACUAUGCGCCUCUGAUAGCUUAUCCAAAGUGGCUGUUCCCAAUCUCGGGCAUACCAGUUCACUUACCGAACUUAGCGCCGCGAUGCACGCUUCCCAAUUGCCCCAUGUGUCUCCACAUUUAGAGAUCUAGACCACGCGUGACCGGCUUUUGCUGUAGUAAGAUAGAACAGGCAAACAUAUACUCACGACGACAGCGAGGAAGUGUGAAAAAAUGGUAUUUUGGCUCUAAAUAACCAUCAAUAUGUUUUAAGA